AUGGGGACCACGGAAGCCACGCUGAGGAUGGAAAACGUGGACGUGAGGGAUGAAUGGCAGGACGAGGAUUUGCCCAGACCCCUCCCUGAAGACACUGGGGUGGAGCUGCUGGGCGGCGCAGUGGAAGACUCGUCCUCUCCUCCCUCCACCCUGAACCUGAGUGGAGCACAUCGGAAGAGAAAGACCCUGGUGGCCCCAGAGAUCAACAUCUCCCUGGACCAGAGCGAGGGCUCCCUGCUGUCCGACGACUUCCUGGACACCCCCGAUGACCUGGACAUCAACGUGGAUGACAUCGAGACGCCGGACGAGACCGACUCGCUGGAGUUCUUGGGAAACGGCAAUGACCUUGAGUGGGAAGACGACACCCCAGUGGCCGCUGCCAAGAACAUGCCCGGUGACAGCGCGGACCUGUUUGGGGACAGCGCGGCGGACGAGGGCGGCGCGGCCAACGGUCGCCUGUGGCGGACCGUCAUCAUCGGGGAGCAGGAGCACCGCAUCGACCUGCACAUGAUCCGGCCGUACAUGAAGGUGGUCACUCACGGAGGGUACUACGGGGAAGGCCUCAACGCCAUCAUCGUCUUUGCUGCUUGCUUCCUUCCGGACAGCAGCUCCCCCGACUAUCACUACAUCAUGGAGAACCUCUUCCUGUACGUCAUCAGUAGCCUGGAACUGCUCGUGGCUGAGGACUACAUGAUCGUGUACCUGAACGGGGCCACGCCCCGGCGGAGGAUGCCGGGCAUCGGCUGGCUGAAGAAGUGUUACCACAUGAUUGACAGGAGACUGCGGAAGAACCUGAAGUCCCUGAUCAUCGUGCACCCCUCCUGGUUCAUCCGGACCGUGCUGGCCAUCUCCCGGCCCUUCAUCAGUGUCAAGUUCAUCAGUAAGAUCCAGUACGUGCACAGCCUGGAGGAGCUGGAGCAGCUCAUCCCCAUGGAGCACGUGCAGCUGCCGGAGUGCGUCCUGCAGUACGAAGAACAGAGACUCAGAGCCAAGAGAGAGAGCUCACGGCCCCCACAGCCGGAGUUCCUGGUUCCCAGGUCGGAAGAAAAACCAGAGACAGUGGAAGAAGAGGAUGGGUCAGUGGAAGCCACAGAAGACCAGGAGACAAGUGUGGGCCCUCAGCAGCGGGCCCACAGGGGGGAUGGACUGGGCAACCCCACCAGCACAGCUCACUGCAGGUCACGAACAGCUGGGCUGCGGCCACCGCAGAACCAGUCCCCGCUGCCAGGCCCCAGCAUGAAGCUCAUCGUGGGCAUUGGAGGGUGA